AGCAGUGAACAGUCAGCUCAGACUCCAUGUUGAGCACCAGAAGAGAAGAGAAGAGAAGAGAAGAGAAGAGAAGAGAAGAGAAGAGAAGAGAAGAGAACAGGGAGGAGGACAAGUUGAAGCUCAGGUGACUGACUUCAGAUCAGAAGAUGAGUGGUUGUGUGGAGGAAGAGGAGGACGGAGCAGAGUCUGUAGUAUCCGGCUGUCUGUCUUUGAAGAGUGACUGCUCCAAAGGUUUUCCUCUGUUCUUCGGUAAUGAACCUGGACCCUCAGACACAAAAUUUCAGUGCAGACGAAGAGCAGAGUCUGUAGUUUCUGGCUGUCAGUCUAUGAAGAGUGACCGGUCCAAAGAUUGGCCUCUAAGGUUCAGUCCUGAACCUGGACCCUCAGACACAAAUGAUGAACCAGGAUCCUCAGGUGGCCAGUCUGCUUCAUCAGGACACGACUCUGAUCCCAAGUGUGGUGGUCUGCAGGAGGUUUUAGAUGAAUAUAAGAUCAGUCUGAGGAGGAGAUGUGAACUUGUGACUGAAGGAAGUGAUGCAACAGGAAGUGGAACCCUCCUCAACAGGAUCUACACUGAGCUCUACAUCACAGAGGGACAGAGUGAAGAGGUUGAUACCCAACAUGAGGUGAGGCAGCUGGAGACAGCUUCCAAGAAGAAGACCGUCCACGACGCUCCAAUCAGGUGCCAGGACAUCUUUAAAGCCUUACCUGACCAACAGGGACGCAUCAGAGUGAUUCUGACGAACGGCGUUGCUGGCGUUGGAAAAACCUUCACGGUGCAGAAGUUCAGUGUGGACUGGGCAGAGGGUUUGGAGAACCAAGAUGUCAGUGUGGUGGUUCUGCUUUCGUUCAGGGAGCUGAACUUGAUCAGAGAUGAGCAGUACAGUCUUCUGGAGCUGCUCCAUGUUUUCCAUCCAACAUUACAGAAGGUCCCAGCAGAGAAGCUCGCCGUCUCUAAACUUCUGUUCAUCUUUGACGGCCUGGAUGAAAGCAGACUUUCUCUGGAUUUCAACAACAAGGAGGUUGUGUCUGAUGUCACACAGAAGUCAUCAGUCAACGUGCUGCUGACAAACCUCAUCGAGGGGAAUUUGCUUCCCUCGGCUCUCGUCUGGAUAACUUCCCGACCCGCGGCGGCCAAUCUGAUCCCUCCUGCGUGUGUCGACAGGGUGACAGAAGUACGAGGCUUCACUGACGCCCAGAAGGAGGAGUACUUCAGGAGGAGGGUCAGUGAUGAAGAGCGCUCCAGCACAAUCAUCUCACACAUCCAGACAUCCAGGAGCCUCCACAUCAUGUGUCUGAUCCCAGUCUUCUGCUGGAUCACUGCUACAGUUCUGGACCACAUGUUGACUACAGAGCAGAGAGGAGAGCUGCCCAAGACCCUGACUGACCUGUACUCACACUUCCUGCUGAUUCAGACCAAGAAGAAGAAACAGAAGUAUGAUGAGGGACAUGAGACGAGUCCACAGGAGCUGACGGAGGCUGACGGAGAAGUUCUUCUGAAGCUGGGUAGGCUGGCGUUUGAACAGCUGCAGGAAGGAAACAUCAUGUUCUACCAAGAAGACCUGGAGCGCUGUGGUCUCCAUGUCACAGAGGCCUCGGUGUACUCAGGAGUUUGUACAGAGAUCUUCAAAAGAGAGAGUGUGAUCUUCCAGAAAACAGUCUACUGCUUCGUUCAUCUGAGCGUUCAGGAGUUUCUGGCUGCAGUCUACAUGUUCCACUGUUACACCACCAGGAACAAAAAGGUACUGAGGGCUUUUCUGGGGAAAUACUUGUACAAUGAAAACAAACACACAAAGUCAAACACAUCUUGGUUCAAGAACCUUUUUAAUUUUUUGGGAAUCAGUUACCCAUCUCUGGAUGAAUUCCUGAGCAGAGCCAUGGAGAAAUCCCUUGACAGUAAAAAUGGCCACCUGGACCUGUUUGUCCGCUUCCUUCAUGGCCUCUCUCUGGAGUCCAACCAGAGACUGUUAGGAGGCCUGCUGGGUCAGACAGACAACAGUCCAGAAGUCAUCCAGAGAGCCAUCAACAACCUGAAGAAGAUGAGGACUAAGAAGAUCUCUCCUGACAGAAGCAUCAACAUCUUCCACUGUCUGACGGAGAUGAACGACCUCUCAGUCCAUCAGGAGAUCCAAGAGUUCCUGAAGUCGGAGAACAGAUCAGAGAAGGAACUCUCUGAGAUCCACUGCUCAGCUCUGGCCUACAUGCUGCAGAUGUCAGAGGAGGUUCUGGAUGAGUUGAACCUGUGGAACUACAACACAUCAAAGGAGGGACGAUGGAGACUGAUUCCAGCUGUGAGGAACUGCAGGAAAGCUGAAUUUUCUAACUGUGGACUCUCUGAGACUCACUGUGAAGUCGUGGCCUCAUUUCUGAAGUCCAACCCCUCCCAUCUGAGAGAGCUGAACCUAGGUGGAAACAACCUGAAGGAUUCAGGAGUGAAGCGGCUGUGUGCUGGACUGGAGAGUCCAAACUGCAGACUGGAGACUCUGAGACUUUCUGGCUGUAGAUUCUCUGAGACUGGCUGUGAAGUCGUGGCCUCAGCUCUGAAGUCCAACCCCUCCCAUCUGAGAGAGCUGGACCUGAGCUUCAACAUCCUGAAGGAUUCAGGAGUGAAGCGUCUGUGUGCUGGACUGGAGAGUCCAAACUGCAGACUGGAGACUCUGAGACUUUCUGGCUGUGGACUCUCUGAGACUGGCUGUGAAGUCGUGGUCUCAGCUCUGAAGUCCAACCCCUCCCAUCUGAGAAAGCUGGACCUGAGCUUCAACGACCUGUAUGAUUCAGGAGUGAAGCGGCUGUGUGCUGGACUGGAGAGUCUAAACUACAGACUGCAGACUCUGAGACUUAUUGACUGUCGACUCUCUGAGACUGGCUGUGAAGUUGUGGCCUCAGCUCUGAAGUCCAACCCCUCCAAUCUGAGAGAGCUGGACCUGAGUGACAACAACCUGAAGGAUUCAGGAGUGAAGCGUCUGUGUGCUGGACUGGAGAGUCCAGACUGCAGACUGGAGACUCUGAGACUUUCUUGCUGUCACCUCUCUGAGACUGACUGUGAAGUCGUGGCCUCAGCUCUGAAGUCCAACCCCUCCCAUCUGAGAGAGCUGGACCUGAGCUCCAACAACCUGCAGGAUUCAGGAGUGAAGCUGCUGUGUGAUCUUCUGCAGAGUCCAAACUGCAGACUGGAGACUCUGAGAUUGAGUUGGUGCAGUUUGUCAGGGAUCAGCUGUGCUUCUCUGGCCUCAGCUCUGAAGUCCAACUCCUCCCAUCUUAGAGAGCUGGACCUGAGAUUCAACAAGCUGCAGGAUUCAGACAUGAAGCUGCUGUGUGAUCUGAAGGAGAGUCCACACUGCAGACUGGAGACUCUGAGGUGGAAGUUGUCCUGAUCUCCAGUAGAGUCCAGUCCAGCAUGGUCCCUGUGUUCCUCUGAUGUGACAGAGUAUCAUCAGAGGAGGUGGACUGCUCUGCUGCUGCUCUCUCCUUCUCUCUGCAGACACACUGAGACUCCUCCACACUCACACACCUCCUCCACCUGAACCUCCACCUGGACAGGAGGAGAAAACUGUCAAAACUAAAGUGUGAACUGAACCAAAGCUUCACUGAAGUCGACCAACUGAAACAGGAUUCU